CUAGCUCCACCUUGUUGGGAGGGUCCAUGCGGAUAUAAAGGAUACUGGAAGGCGGUCGCUCGGAAUGCGGGAGGGAUACUAUAACGAUAAGAAGCUGAGUUAUUCUGAUCGAUAUCGCUCCACCGAUUCUGCGCUUGUUGUGUAGGAGUUCCUGCCUGUGGGACUUGGUAGGUCUGCGGCUCGACUUGAUACGGCAUGAUAGCCGAGUCCAAUGCGUCGUCCAACCGCUGUCUGGCUAAAGACCUGCGUAUUUGGAGGAAGAUCACUAUCAAGGCCACCAGGCCAACCAAUCCCCCUAGAACAACUCCUACCACCGCACCUGCGUUGACGGAGCCAGCUGAGCUCGUGGCACCUUGGACACUGGACGAUGUCGCUAACGUACAUCAUGGAUGUAUACGUGAAUACAUUCGGACCGCUUGACGAUCUGUAUUGCACUCAGUGAUAAGUGGAGAGGGCAGAGGUCUGGAAACUCACGAAGAUCCCGGCGCAACAUAAAGCCUGAUGAUAACGAGCUCGACGAGCUGGCAAAGUGCGGAGUCAAUCAUACAAAACAGCGGUCGAGAAUAAGAGGCCGCACGAGCUGGUGGAAGACGUCACAGUGGAUGUUGUACUGGUGGUCGUGGAUGAAAUAGAACUCGAGGAUCUGCUUUCACACAGAGACCGUCGAUGUACCCCUAUUUCGAUACCUUUAGUGCUGUGAGAAUCUGCGAGGGGAACCGAGGUCGAGGUUGUGGAAGUGGGAGGCGAGGAAGUGCUGAAAGACUCUGUAUCAGUGUGGAGGAGGGGGGGGGAGGGGGAAGAGCAUGCUUACGUGGGCGACAUAGUGGAGCUCAUGCUGCCGGUCAACGGGAUUCCGGGGAGGUCAAUGCCACUGUUCCUCUCAUUCAACUCCUGCCUCAAGCACCAUACGUUGUACUCACAAGGGAUUGGUUAGCGUACUCAUUAUAAUUUAGUGAA